CUGUUAAUGCUGGACCAGAAUUUCUUGAAUUCUGGAAGUAAUGAGGAAUAAGCUCCUUUUAUUUACGCAAAAUGUUACAAGGAACAUGUUAAAUAUAGGCUUGUUAACGGAAAGAUUCUUCACUCAGUUCUAUCGAACCAUGAAUAAAAAGCCUCUAGGUUGAUUUAAGUUAAGGGCUCAGAUCUUUUCGAAGGGAGGAAAACCGGAGAACCCAAAGAAAAACCCUCGAAUCAAAAGAGAGACCCAACAAUCUCUACUCAGAUCACAUGUGAUGGAGAGACCAGGAAACGAACCAGAGACCCUAGAGGUUUACGAGUUUAUUCAGUCUGAAUGACCUGCAUUUACAGUUAAAAAACAAUGGUGAAACUCUACACUGUCUUCCAAGACAAAAAGACAAUCAAAAACGCAGCGGCCAUCUUUGCAGUCGUCGCCUUCGAGCAAGUCGUCAGCAAAUACGGCAUCAAUUGUCGUAAUGCUUUGCUAUGGUUACUCGUUCCUCCGUGCGUUCUCUUCGUCGUCACUCUCAUCAAAUCCAAGAACGUCCUUCUUUUGAUGAACUCAAGAACGUCCAAGGAAAAAUGCCUGAACAUCGAGAUGAUCGGCCAUGGAGUAGCUGCGUUUCUUUACAUGUUUAUGCCUUCAAUUGCUUGGGUUAUUUCUGCUUUUCUCAACUCAAAGAUUUGGAUUUGUUAUCGUGCGGGCUUCGACGAGUGUGGUGUGGUUCGUCCUUGUACGAAAGACGAAGAAUUCGCUUGGCAUCGAGUGCAGAGAGAAGCAAAAUCAGAGGCGCAGAAUUUUGGGCUAUUACUGUUGACAGGAAGUGUCAUUACCUUAGCUAUCAUCACCUGGGGCAACCAUCUACUUUGCGCUCGGCCAGUUAAGGAACGAGAGCUCAACGAACUCGUGCGAGAAGCGACCAGAAGUGAACUGGAAAGAUUUGUCAUUACAAGAGCCAAAGAAAGGCUUGAAAAACUUGGAGAACACAAGGAUGAAGAAGAAUCAGGAAAGCAGUCACGGCAAUUCAAUGAGAAGGAAGUUGGUUUUGAAGUGCGUGACGAAACCAGUAUUAACCAAUCACUGGAGCUCAAUAAGGUCACGUGGUUAAAGACAGUUGACAAGAAGAUUGACACAUAUCUUGACGAGUACCUGUCACUUGGUACUGUCAAAAUGAUUUACCCAGAAGUCUAAAAAUAAAUCUUAUUUUUACCACUU